AUGGCGUUUCCAGCAAAAAUCAUCUACGGCACGGCUUGGAAGCAGGAGAGAACCACCGACCUGGUCGUUUCGGCUGUUCUGAACGGGUUUAAAGCUAUUGACACAGCAUGUCAACCCAAGCAUUAUCGCGAGGAUCUUGUUGGCAACGCACUGCAAACGUUGAAAGAAGUGCAUGGCAUUGAGCGGGAUCGGCUUUUCAUUCAAACAAAAUUCACGUCCAUUGAUGGCCAAGACCGUUCUAAACCGCUCCCAUAUGAUCCCUCUGCCACCGUUCCGGAGCAGGUCAGAACCUCUUUUGAGAAAUCUCUGGCCAACCUGCGUACGGCCUACAUCGACAGUUACAUACUGCACUCACCGCUCCGAACAAUUCACCAAACGCUUGAGGCUUGGAGGGUGCUGAUCAAACUUCAGGACGAAGGCAAAGUACGCAUGAUUGGUGUUAGCAACGCCUACGACGUUGGAAUCCUCCGAGCUCUGGGACAAGAGAGGCAGGUACAGGUAGUGCAGAAUAGGUGGUACGAAGGAAAUGCGUGGGAUCAAGAUGUGGUGCGAUAUUGUAAGACAAACGGGGUCGUGUAUCAGUCGUUCUGGACGCUGACGGGCUCACCUUCGCUUUUGUCGCAGCGAUCCGUUUUGGCCAUUUCUGCAGCUUUGUCUAUGACCCCUGCACAGGUCCUGUACGGUAUAGUACAGAUGGGUGGCAUAAUGCCACUCUCUGGCACCACAAGUGAGGUGCAUAUGAAGGAAGACGUAGCUGUGGAGAGCUCGAAUCUUGUUACGGAUGACAAGCUCCGAAACCACGUCGACACUAUCAAGAGAUUGGUGGGGCUGGGGUUGUGA